AUUACUACUGCGUUUGAAGAUCUGCUUCUGAAUCGUCGUCGUCCUCUCGUGUAAAUCUUCCCCAAAUCGGAAAUCAAAAACCGUUAACAAUCCCUAACCCUAGACUGCAGAGAGAGACACAGAGAAGCCAUUGAUGGACCUCCUUAAGCAAGAGCUCCUCAAGAAGCGCCAAAGCUUAGCCGAAGACACCGGCGGCAAGCGGUUCUUCAAGCGCUCCGAGAUCGAGCAAAAGAAAAUCCAGAAGCUUCGCGAGCAAGAGAAGCGCGAGUUGGAGGCCAAAUCCCAGCGCCAAACCACCGCCCCCACCGCCUCAACCACCAAAUCGAACGCCUCCUCCAGCGCCACCGCCUCCGCCACGACAACUUCUUCCACCGCAACCACAUCCAAAUCCCAAACCGACGAGCAGAACGUCGAUAACCUCGUCUUGUCCAAGCAAGAAGUAAUUCGUCGCCUCCGGCUUCUCAAGCAUCCAAUUACGCUCUUCGGAGAAGACGACGAGUCUCGUCUUGACCGGUUGAAGUAUGUGUUGAAGGCCGGGCUGUUCGAGGUCGAUAGCGACAUGACCGAGGGACAAACCAACGAUUUCCUGAGGGAUAUCGCGGAGCUGAGGAAGCGACAGAAGUCCGGGAUUUUGAGUGAGCGGAAGCGGCAGAAGACAGAUGUUGAUGGCGUAGCUGAGGACGGGGAAGGAGGCGUGGCGGAAGAGGAGUUGAGCGCUGACGGGGGAUCCAGCGGGGUUGACGCCGACAAGGAUUUGAAGCGAAUGAAGGCGAAUUUGGAUGAGCUCUGCGAUGAAGAUAAGAUUUUGGUGUUUUUCAAGAGGCUGUUGAAUGAGUGGAACGAGGAAUUGAAUGAGAUGCAAGAGACCGAGAAACGGACUGCUAAAGGGAAGUCCAUGGUGGCCACGUUCAAGCAGUGUGCGCGGUAUUUGAAUCCGCUCUUCAAGUUCUGCAGGAAGAAGGUUCUUCCAGAUGAUAUCCGCCAAGCAUUGCUUGUAGUCGUGGAAUGCUGCAUGAAGCGAGACUACCUAGCUGCAAUGGACCAAUACAUUAAGCUGGCCAUCGGAAAUGCGCCCUGGCCAAUUGGUGUUACUAUGGUUGGUAUCCAUGAACGUUCAGCUCGUGAAAAGAUCUACACCAAUAGCGUUGCCCAUAUUAUGAACGACGAGACAACUCGUAAAUAUUUGCAGUCUAUCAAGAGGUUGAUGACCUUUUGCCAACGACGCUACCCAACACUUCCGUCAAAAGCAGUUGAAUUCAACAGCCUUGCAAAUGGAAGUGACCUACAGUCUCUGCUAGCAGAAGAGAGGGUUUCUGGGGGUAGUAGUAGUCAAGCCGGAGAGGAAAGGCUUCGAAUAAUGCCUGCUCCAAGAGACAGUUAGCCCUUUAUAUGGUCAUCUUUUGGUGGAUUUUCUCAAUGGUGAAAAUUCUAACGCUUUAUGUGGUACUGUACCCUGAUUUGCGUGUUUUGAGACGGAAUAUUGUGGCAAAAGAAUGCCAUUGAGAGCCAUGGGCUACCAUGGUGUUUGUUUAAAAAAAUUUAUCAAAAGAUGGAGUAUCCUUUUGUUUCUCAGACUAUAAUGUUAUACAAUUGCAUAUUUGUGUCAAAUCAAUGUGGCAGACUCUUGUUAAAUCUCUAAUCUCAUAAAUAAGCUGCGCAUGAUUUUGAGAAAACAUGGCAUCUACGGGGGUGUUAAAAUACUGUUGUUUAAAUGAAAGCAUAUUUUCUUGU